CUGUGGACCUGCUGACAGGGAAUGUGGGAACAGCCAUGAUGAUGGCUGCAAACCUGGCUUCCCAUGUAUCCUGUCCUAGCAAACUGAGCUACUGCAGGGGUCAUACUCUGCCCGCUGGCAUCUAGCUACCCUGGGGAGGAUCUGACUUUAACCUGUGCGUGCUUACAAACUCAUUGGAGCCACUGUGGCCUGAACUUGGCCUCAGUACAUAACACUACUGGCCAACAGCCAGCUCUAGGCUAACUCCACACUGGGUCCUGCAGGGUUCCAUUGUUGUUGUCUUUUCUGCAACGGGGAGUAGGAAACAAUCCCUACUGAACAGCUGGGUAGCAGACCCAAGAGCCUCAGGUGCUGAGCUCUGCGCUGCCUUCACUAGAGAACUGUCCAGCCUCAUUCCUUAGCCACCAGCUUCCUCAGGCAGUAUAGGCCUAAGAAGGCCGGUCUCAUGGCAACAUACACUGUCCCGUGUCCCUAUAAAAGGGAAUCUCACAGAGGUUUAAAAUAUAGCACCAACACACCCAGUUUCAUCCCAUCCACUCCUAAGGAAGGUCCACAGGCCUGCUCUGUGGGCAGUCAUGCUAGUCCCAGCACUCAGGAAGCAGAGGUGGACACCUGAGUGCUUCACAACAGCUUAACUCUAGGUUUCUCCUAGCAUGGCAGCAGACACAGAGCACCUGAGGGGAAAAUAGCUGUCCUCCAUUAGUGUGUCGGCCCAGCUGGCUCAUUUCUGUGCCCCAAACCCACCCGUGGCUCCCAAUACCAGGAUGGUUCCUAGUGGGACACCAACCUGUACCAGAGGCAUCAGUCAUAUGAAUCUGAGUCUAUGAGAUGGGGCCACUUCAGCCGUUCCUCAGCCAGCUCAGCUGACACUCGGAGCCUUCCUAGCCACCGCAGGACUUCACGGAUCACCCUAUAGAACCCAGGACCACGGGUGGCACCACUCAGUGACCAAGGCCCCACCCACAUCAAUCAUAAAGUUUACCAGAGACUUGCCCACUGACCAUUUUGGUGAGGACAUUUUCUCAGUUGAAGUUCCCUCUUCCCAAAUGACUCCAGUUUGUGUCAAGUUGAUAUAAAACUGGCCAGCACACAUUAAGGUAGAAAGGGAACCGGUUCCUAUGACUUGUCCUUGUGGACUAUUGUGUAUGCCCUAGCACCACCACCACCAAACUUUAAAAAAGGAAAUGUACCUUUUCUUCCCAGAAAGGUUUUGUAAUGACUAUUCCCUCUUUCCCUAUGGCUGGAACUGGGGUUCAUUUUCCUUCCCAGUUGGGUAAGGUCAGCUUGGGCGACCUUAGACCUCUAUCGAGGCAGAGAGUAUUGAGAUGGCUCGGGUAAAGACACUUGGCGUGCAAGCCAAGCCGGAGGGCAGACCCCACCCAAACCUGGAUUGGCAUCUUUUGGUUCCAAGAAUUCUGCUCUCCCUAGUUUUGUCUAUCCCAGCUUGAAUCCCUUCCCAUUAACUACUCUUGAUGUCACUGCUGUCCCCCUGUGGCCCUGCACAGAGUGCUCAUUUUCAAUGCUGAACUAAGCAAGGUCCACCUAUAGCUAGAAGUAUAGAACUACAUUCAGGCUGGGCAGUGGUGGCCCUUAAUCCCAGCACUUGGAAGGCAGAGGCAGGCGGAUUUCUGAGUUCAAGGCCAGCCUGGUCUACAGAGUGAGUUUCAGGACAGCCAGGGCUUCACAGAAACCCUGUCUCGAAAAAACAAAAACAAAAAACAAAAGAACUAUAUUUAGAAGACUGUCGGAUAAACCAGAGAAGGUAACUGAAGAGUGUGUUCACAAUUCUGAACUUCUAGUUCAGGCAUCAGAGAAGACGCAAAGUGGAACAGCUGACCCAGAGUGGAUGGGAGGUGUUCCUAGGAACCCGGCUGUUGGCAGACCAGAUUUGAUUGCCCUAAGCACUUCCCCCUGAGGAAGCAUAGCUCCAGUCUUAGUUUGCUGUUACCCUACACCAGUGGCACAGGACAAUCUCGGCUGUCCCUACCCACAGCCCUGGACAGCUGCUGUGAUUUGAAUAACUAGGCAGGUUGAUGGGCGUCCGGGCACUGAUUUGCCUGGUACAGUCCCUAGAGUCCCUCGCCCUUCCAGGCCUGGGCCCAUGUGUCUUUGGAUCUCCAUCCCCAGGAGCAGCCCUGGCUCUUCUCACUCAAGCCUCCCUGGGGCUGAGUUCUCCAGGGUCUCUCCAUCCCCAGGAGAUAGCAGAGCUGCCUCAGAGCCUGGCCUAGAGAAGGAGCCUUGAUGGCCAGCCCCAGCAGAGGUAACCAGAGUCAGCUAAGGCUGCUCCCCAGGCUUGUCUCAAAAUUUGCAUGAAGAGAAUGAGGCUUCCACGGGCCUCCUGAUUUCACUAGUUGAGGCAGCAGGCAGACGAGGCAGCUCUGUGCAGAGCCAUUUCACCAUCCUGAAAGCAAUGCCCAGGGUCUUUCUUGUGAGGAGUCGGCGUCCACAGCCACCUAACUGGAGCCACCUUCCCGACCAGCUCCGGGGAGAUGCCUACGUCCCAGACUGCAGCAGCCUGGCAGUGCCAGCAGCACACAGAUCUCCUGGUCUGAGAGACACCUGGGCAGUGUCCUCACAGGGGACACUGACCUCUGCACCCAAGGGCCCCGGGACACUUGGCUGCCCACUCUGCCCCAAGGCCUUCCCGCUGCAACGCAUGCUGACUCGGCACCUCAAAUGCCACAGCCCAGCGAGGCGCCACGUGUGCCACUAUUGUGGCAAAGGCUUUCACGAUGCCUUCGAUCUCAAGCGCCACAUGAGGACUCACACUGGAAUACGGCCAUUCCGCUGCGGAGCGUGUGGGAAAGCUUUCACACAGCGCUGCUCCCUGGAAGCUCAUCUUGCCAAGGUGCACGGGCAGCCAGCCAGUUACGCUUACCGGGAGCGCAGGGAGAAGCUGCACGUAUGUGAGGACUGCGGCUUCACCAGCUCUCGGCCUGACGCUUACGCGCAGCACCGCACCCUACACCGCACGACCUGAUAGACUUACUGGCUGCUUCCCAUCCACGAGACAAAUAAACAAGGG